AGUGGGAAGUAGCAGUAAGUUACAACUGUGCUCCGUGGCCAGCGGAGAGGCUAUCAGGCUAACAGGCUAACCGAGUCGCUGAGAAGCCCCGGAUCCGUUGACUUACCAGGCGCAUCGACACUCUGACACGUCGAAUCUACCAUGGGGAAAGGCGGAGGCACGUUCGAGAGGCUCCUGGAUAAAGCCACCAGUCAGCUGCUGCUGGAGACUGACUGGGAAUCCAUUCUGCAGAUCUGUGAUCUUAUUCGACAAGGAGACACGCAAGCUAAAUAUGCUAUUGGAGCCAUUAAGAAGAAGCUGAAUGACAAAAACCCACACGUGGCCCUCUAUGCCCUUGAGGUCUUGGAGUCAGUGGUGAAAAACUGUGGCCAGACAAUUCAUGAUGAGGUGGCAAGUAAACAAACUAUGGAGGAACUAAAGGAUCUGCUGAAGAAACAGACUGAACCAAAUGUCAGAAACAAGAUUCUGUACUUGAUCCAGGCCUGGGCUCAUGCGUUCCGCAAUGAACCCAAAUACAAAGUGGUUCAGGAUACUUAUCAAAUAAUGAAAGUAGAAGGUCAUGUUUUCCCUGAGUUCAAGGAGAGUGAUGCAAUGUUUGCAGCUGAGAGAGCCCCAGACUGGGUUGAUGCUGAGGAGUGCCAUCGGUGCAGAGUCCAGUUUGGAGUCAUGACGAGAAAACACCACUGUCGAGCCUGUGGGCAGAUUUUCUGUGGCAAGUGCUCGUCUAAGUACUCCACCAUUCCGAAGUUUGGCAUCGAGAAGGAAGUGCGAGUGUGCGAGCCUUGCUUUGAGCUGCUUAACAACCACCCCUCCCUUUCUCCUCCACUUAGAAAGGUCGAAGGAAAAGCACCAACAGCAGGCACUGCUGAUUUGCCUCCUGAGUACUUGACCAGCCCACUGUCCCAGCAGUCACAGAUGCCCCCAAAGAGGGACGAGGCGGCGCUGCAGGAGGAGGAGGAGCUGCAGCUGGCCAUUGCUCUUUCCCAAAGUGAGGCUGAGGAAAAAGAGCGCAUGAGGCAGAAGAACUCUUAUGCAGUGUAUCCUAAAGCUGAUCCUACCCCAGUGACUUCCUCGGCACCACCAGUCAGCACCCUCUACACUUCCCCUGUGAAUUCUUCCGCUCCAUCCGCUGAAGAUGUAGACCCUGAGCUGGCCCGUUACCUGAACAGAACAUACUGGGAGAAGAAACAGGAAGAGGCUCGUAAGAGUCCUACCCCCUCAGCCCCUGCCCCUGUGCCACUGGCUGAGCCUAUUCCUGUUAUCAGCCAGCCCGUAGAAACUCAUGUCCCUGUACAACCAGUCAGCAUAGUUGAGCAGCAGUACCAGAACGGCGAGUCGGAGGAGAACCAUGAGCAGUUUCUUAAGGCUCUGCAAAAUGCCGUUACCACUUUUCUCAACCGCAUGAAGAGCAACCACAUGCGUGGGCGCAGCAUCACCAAUGAUAGUGCUGUGCUCUCCCUCUUCCAAUCCAUCAACAACAUGCACCCACAGCUGUUGGACAUCCUCAACCAGCUCGAUGAGAAGCGAUUGUACUAUGAGGGGCUACAGGACAAGUUGGCUCAGGUGAGAGAUGCUCGAGCAGCUCUCAAUGCUCUGCGUGACGAACACAGGGAGAAGCUACGCCGCGCUGCAGAGGAAGCUGAGAGGCAGAGACAGAUCCAACUGGCACAAAAGCUAGAGAUCAUGAGGCAAAAGAAGCAGGAGUACCUGGAGAUGCAAAGACAGCUGGCCAUUCAGCGCCUCCAGGAGCAAGAGAAGGAGAGACAGAUGCGCCUGGAGCAGCAGAAGCACACAAUCCAGAUGAGAGCUCAGAUGCCUGCCUUCUCUCUGCCCUAUGCUCAGAUGCAGUCUCUGCCCCCCAAUGUGGCAGGUGGGGUGGUGUACCAGCCUGGUGCUCCACCCAGCUAUCCAGGCACGUUCAGCCCGGCUGGGUCCGUGGAGGGUUCACCUAUGCAUAACAUCUACAUGAACCAGCCAGGCCAGACGGCACCGCCACAGUACCAGGCAAUGCCUGGUCCUGCCACAGAUCCCAAUAUGGUUAAUGCCUAUAUGUACCAGGCUGCAGGCACCAAUGGGCAGCCUGUUCAUCCUCCUGGUCAGGCUCCACCGACUACUAGUCCUCCAUACUCUACCUAUCAGCCCACACCCACACAGGGCUACCAGAAUGUGGUCUCACAGGCCCAGAGUAUGCCUCCCAUGUCCCAGGCUGCCCCCACUAACGGGAUGGCCUACAUGGGCUACCAGCCGUACAGCAUGCAGAACAUGAUCUCAGCGUUGCCAGGGCAGGACCCCAACAUGCCCCCACAACAGCCUUACAUUCCAGGCCAGCAACCCAUGUACCAGCAGGUGGCGCCCCCUGGAGGCCCACAGCAGCCGCCACCACAGCAACAGGCCCCUCAAGCUGUUCAGGGUAGCGCAGAGGCACAGCUCAUUUCUUUCGACUGAAAGCUGUUGGCUGCUGGGUUUGAAACACUACUACACCACCACCACCUCUCUUCAUUUGGUUUCCUCCCGUCUCCCUCUGGACUCUGACGAAACAGACUCUCCCCUCCAAACUCCCACCUUGCUGUGAUAUUGUGGCAAUGUAAAAUAUUGUGAUGACGUUGCACAACUCUUGCUCUCCUUGCCUCUUCCCCCAACAAUGUAUGGAAAUGCGGGAUGAAGCUGCGCAAGAGGGCUCCAUAACCCAGACCCUCAACUCUAAGCCUCUUUCUCUUUCCUUCUGGCUGAUAUGUAUGUAAUAUUUCCUUAUUAAUGAAGAACUAAAUCUCAGAUGUAGUCAAGGGUGUUGAAGUUAAAAAGAAUAAGAAAUAAGUUAAUAAUCUGGAGAAAAACGGACGUAACCAUUCUUUGUCAUAUUUUUCUAAAGCUAAAUUUGCAUGUUCGACUUGAUUAUUUUCUGGACUUUACGUGAAUCCUUUCAGUAACAGUUCGGCGUGUGAUCGAGAGAUUUGUGUGUGUGUUACAAGAAUGCGGGUGGGGAUUAAAUCUUUGGGAGGAAGCAUAGUCAAAGGUCUUAAGGUAAUGUCACUGACUCACAUCAUAAUGUACGCACGCGCACACACACACAGACAGACAUACAGACUAGAGUCAUUAGAUCUUGUUUUGGCAUUUCUUUGUUUGGACCUCUGUCUUUACAGAGAUGAUGAAAUAUGGCAGGAAUUGUACAUUCUGGAAAGCGAUUAGCUUCCAGGUAAUUGUUAAAUUCUCUCUUCUCAUACCUUCACAGACUAAAACGUGACCCAACUUCAGUCGUAAUUAUAGUAUACUGGCUCCUUAAUGUCAUCUAGUGCAUAACAUGUCACAUAGUAACAUAACAAGACAAAGACUUUAACUUCUAGUUUUUGCAAUCUUAUCACGGAUAAGGACACAAAUGUUAAGUACGCGUGGACAGUGAGCUUUUCAGAAAUGUGGAAAUGCUUGCGGAAUAAACAGGAUGUGCUGCAUGUAUGUAUUACACUUGAUCAGAAACUUCUGUAUCUUUUCAGUUGCCAUCUGUGAACUUCUUUAUUCCAUCAUACGGAUCUGUCUGACUUUAAAGUAAUUUUAAAAAUAUAUUUAAUAAAUAUCUGGUUCUUAUUGUC